GCUUUGCUUCCUCUCAGAAUGCCUCUGAGUUCGUGUCUGUGAACAGAUCUCAAAAAACCCUUCACUUUUCUCUCUCUAGAUUCGCACUCUUUCUCUCUCUAAAAGUUCAAAAAGACACAACCCAUUGAAAUCUCUCUCCCUCGCUCUCGAAGACAGCGUUUUUCUUGCUUUCUUAUCCAUCUGACAAAAGAAAAACUAUCGCUUUCUCCAGAGAAACUCUUUCAGUUUCUUCAUGUGAAUGUUUGGUUAUAGAGAAGUAGAGAGACAUCCGUGACUUCUUUCGAAAACGGUGUCGUUCUCUUAUUCCCUACUUUCCACUGUUCAUUGCUCUGUGGUGGAUUCCCACUUCAGUUUUGCUUUUGUCUUCGGUCUCAAUUAUAAAAGUUUAAAUCUUGGACUCUCUAUUCCUCCAAGCUGUUUGUUUAUGGUAAGUUCAGUGAAUCUUGAGGGGGAAACUAGAGCUAUUAUUUCCAAAUUCGGAAAGAUCAAAGAUUUUUAGACAAGAAAAAUGAGAUACAGCUCGGUUCGGUUCUUCUUCUGUCAAAGAAAACAGAACAGUCCUUCUUCUGAUCAAUGACGACUACUACUAAGGUUGCUUCUUCUCGGAUUCUGAAAGAAGCAAACGGAGACAUCGGUGAGCAUCUUCGUAACCAUAUCCAUUUAACCAGCUGUAUCCACUUGAAGAAUCAUAUGCACAACAACAACAACAGCAAACAGAGUCCGGGUUUAACAAACCGGUCUCUCCUCAUGAGAGAUCUCGUCCUUCUUCAGAGGUCAAGAUCACUCAGAGACCCAUCAGCGAGCCCGAGGAUGAAAGAAGAUCACAAGGGAGGAAGGAAUAGAAGAUGUGUAGAUCAGAACGUGGUUAAGAAAGCUAGUCUUAGGUUGACUAGUUCGUCUCCAAUAGUGAGUUGUGGUGGUGGUGGUGGUACAUCUAAAGUGACUCCUUCUGAUGAAAAACUCGAUAAGAGUUAUAGAGUCGAAGUUGAGAAUGAUGCUAUUGUGAAGACUCUGUCUGAUCAGUUAUCAGUUGAUAGUGAUGUUCGAAAUGGGCGUAAUAGGCGGAAACUUAGAGAGAAGAGGAGAGCGGGAAGGGCGGGUACUAUUAGAGACAAGUACGAGGAAGAAGAAGGAGGACAAAGAGAGCAGAACAUAGCUACAACUGUUCCAAGAAACGGUUGUGGACUUCCGUUUAACUGGUCGAGGAUUCAUCAUAGAGGCAAGACUUUCCUGGAUAUAGCUGGAAGGAGUUUAUCUUGUGGAAUGUCAGAUUCAAAGGGAAGGAAAGAGUUAGCCGAUAUGCCAAUCUCAUCUGGUUCAAGCUCCUCUUUGCCUCUUUUAGUAGACAACGAAGAAGGGUGGCAGCAUGAUUACUCAGGAGAAUUAGGUAUCUUCGCUGACGAUCUGCUCAAGAGUGGUAAAGACUCAGACUUUGGUGAGAGACGUAGCAGUAGAAACGCUCGUCUCCAUCAAAGUUUUACUCAGAAGUACACGCCAAGAAUUUUUAGUGAUCUCGUGGGGCAGAGUCUGGUGGUACAAGCUCUGUCUAACGCUGUAGCUAAACGAAGAGUGGGACUUCUAUACGUCUUCCACGGUCCGAACGGAACAGGGAAGACUUCAUGUGCUCGAGUUUUCGCUAGAGCGUUGAAUUGUCACUCAAUGGAACAGUCAAAGCCGUGCGGUGUCUGCAGCUCGUGCGUUUCGUAUGAUAACGGUAAGAACAGGAACAUUCGAGAGAUGGGUCCCGUGAAAAGUUUCGACUUCGAGAGUCUGUUCAUAAAGAAAAGGCAGAAGCACCACCUUGUGCUGAUAUUCGAUGAUUGCGAUACUAUGUCGACGGAUUGUUGGAAUGCGCUUUCGAAAAUCGUGGACCGUGCACCCCGUCGUGUGGUUUUCCUUCUUGUCUGCUCGAGCCUUGAUGUGUUGCCUCACGUUGUCGUCUCGAGGUGUCAGAAGUUCUUUUUCCCUAAGCUUAAGGACGCUGAUAUCGUCGGUUCUUUGCAAGGGGUUGCGUUGAAGGAAGAGAUUGAGAUUGAUGAAGAUGCGUUGAAGUUUGUUGCUUCGAGAUCAGAUGGUUCUUUGAGAGACGCGGAGAUGACACUAGAACAGCUGAGUUUGCUCGGGACAAGAAUCUCUCUUCCUUUAGUUCAAGAAAUGGUGGGUUUAAUCUCUGAUGAGAAGUUGGUAGAUCUUCUUGAUCUAGCUUUAUCCGCGGAUACUGUGAACACAGUGAAGAAUCUGAGAGUAAUAAUGGAAACUGGAGUAGAGCCGUUAGCUUUAAUGUCGCAGCUCGCAACCGUCAUAACCGAUGUCCUUGCCGGAAGCUAUGACUUCACUAAAGAAGAGUGCAAAAGAAAGUUUUUCAGACGACAACCAUUGUCGAAAGAAGAUAUGGAGAAGCUGAGACAAGCUUUGAAAACGCUGUCUGAAUCAGAAAAACAGUUGAGAGUAUCCAACGAUAAAGUAACUUGGCUCACUGCUGCAUUGCUCCAGCUAGCUCCUGAUCAACGCUACUUGGUUCCGCCUAGUCCUUGUAACAACGCUGCACCUAGACCUUCGGUUGAAGAUAUUUGGUUAGCGGUGAUAGAGAAUGUUCGAGUUAAUGGUUUAAGAGAGUUUCUUUAUAGAGAAGGGAAGAUCUUUUCUAUUAGUAUCGGUUCAGCUCCUACGGUGGAGUUAAUGUUCAACUCGCCUGUAACGAAAUUAACGGCUGAGAAUUUUAGAGAUCACAUUUUGAGAGCGUUUGAGGCUGUUCUUGGUUCUCCCGUCACUCUAGCGAUUAGAAUCGAGUCAAAGAAAGACCUGAAAAACGUUGGUUCAUCGUCGUCAAGAAGCGAGAUCGUUGAAUUGGAGGAUGAGACUGAAUCUGCUAGAAGGAAAGACUUGGAAGCGAGCCAGAAACAGAGCAUUGUGAGAGGAAAAGCGUCGUUGGGUCAGGUGAUUAAGCAAGCUGAAGGAAACGGUUGGUCGAAACGCAAAGCGAUGCUGAUUGCAGAUAAGCUUGAACAUGAAAAUCUGAGACUUGAACCUAGUUCAAGAAGCUUGAUAUGUUGGAAAGCGUCGAGAAGCGUACGUCGCAAGGCAUCGAGAUUGAAGAAGGUGAGGAGGAGAAGGGUACGACUACAUUCGUUGUUGAAGAUUGUCAUGUGUGGGAAAAGUUUAUCAACGGCAUCCCCUUCUAGAUUAUAAGAUAGGGUUUUUUCUAUUACUAGUAUGAAGAUAAAGCGUUCGUCCUUCGUUUUUCUUAUCUUCCUUAGGCAGAUAUUUAAUGUAAUUUUUUGUAUUUUUUCUUGUUUUGGGUAAGUAAUCUUUGUAGCUGUAUUUUUUUAAAAAGUAUUUUCUUUCCACAACUAUAAGCAACGAUUCGAAUGUGAAUCACAAUGGAUGGUGGCGACAGGGGUUUUCCGAUACCGCGCACCACUUUUUAUGUCC